GGGGCAGCAGCAGUAGCAGCAGAAGCAUCAGCAUCCUAUUUCCGGUGAAGAACCACAACAACCUGACGGUAAUGCCGUUCCACUUCUGCUCCCAGUGCGGGACAAAGUUGGAGCCUGAUUUCAGGUUUUGCCCGUCGUGUGGGGUAAAGCUUCCCUCUCUCAUCGAUGGUUCCGCUCCUGUGAGCUUGAAUGCUUCUUUAAAUGUCUCCCCACACAAAAGGGAUGAAGUCGCUAAAGAAAAACUUUCCUCAAGCCGAUAUUGUGAGCCCAGAGAAAGCACAGUAACAACUCGUCCUGCACUGCAAAAGACUUGCAACUCCCUCCGUCUGGACAGGGACAGUCUUGGGUUUGACAUCAGAGAUGCUGCUGCUGCUCCUCCUCCUCCUGCUGCUGUGGUUCCCGCCGCUGAUCCUGUCAAAAAUUACAAGAUUGGAGAUAACAGCGCUGGACUCCACAGAUCUCCAGUGAAGCAGCACACGGUAACUUUCAACACCCCGGUCGAGCCAACAACAGCGUCUUCAACUUCUCCUUCUGUUAAAAGCCCCCGACCUGUCAGGGCCAAGGCAAAACCCUCCAGUCCUGCUUCGAUGCCAGUGGAAGAAAGAAAGAAAUUAACAGCCAGAACAAGAACAAGAGCAGACGAGUCAACUGUCGCUGACUCUCCUGACCGCUCUCCUGUUCCCUCAUCCAACUCCAGGUCUCCUUUAAAAGCGAGUGGAAAAAGUAAAGCCAAAAAAGCAAAGAACGCGACUGUGGAGCCGCUGCAGGAAGGAGAGGAGGUGACGGACACCACGGGGAGGAAGUGGACACUGACGAGGCUGAGCUAUCAAACCAUCACCGACGUCAUUUAUGAAGUUUUGCAAACAGGUUCACGAUCAAAGGAAUCAAAUCACAUUCUCAAACUGGGAGUGAAAGACGGGAAAAUCUUCAAUGAGCAGAACUUUUUGCAGAGAGCUGCUAAACCUUCAAACGUCGAGAAGUGGAUCAAACAAAACAAGAUGGAUUUCCUGGGAAUUCCAUCGUGUGUUGGCUUUGGUCUUCAUGCAGAUUCUUACAGGUUUCUGAUUUUCCCAAACAUGGGUCAGUCUCUGCAGUCUGUCCUUGAUGAAGACGAUUGUCUGUCUGAGAAAACUGUUCUGCAGCUCGCCUGUAGAUUAUUAGACGUCCUGCAGUACGUCCAUUCAAACGAGUACGUUCAUGCUGAUAUUAACGCAGACAACAUUUACAUCGCAGCAGGAAACACAGCACAGGUUUACCUUGUAGGAUACUGCCACGCCUACAGGUACUGUCCAGGAGGCCAGCAUGUAGAGUACCGCGAAAACAGCAGGACACCACACGAGGGCAGCAUUGAGUUCAUCAGCCUGGACGCACACAAAGGAGCAGCUCCCUCCAGGCGCAGUGACCUUCAGUCUCUUGGUUACUGCAUGCUGCGAUGGCACACGGGGACGCUGCCGUGGAAAGACCUCAGCAGACCGGAUCAGGUCGCCGCCAGCAAACAGAGUACUCUGAUGACUUCAUGUAGGUUCAUGGACGACGUCCCCGCUCUGUUAAAUCACUGCUUUGGGAAAACAAACGUGUCUCAUGCAUUGCAGACGUACCUGAGUGCAGUGAUGUGUCUGCAGUUCAGUGAACAGCCUGAUUACUCUGAGCUCAAAUCUGGACUGAGGACCGUUUUACUGCAGAUGGGAGGAUCAGUGGAGCAACCACUGACCUUUUAGGUGUCAACACGCACACGGGCAUUGUUGUCUUGUUAGUUUUAGCUUUAGCAGCAGAAUGCACAUAAACUCAUUAUAAUCCAUUAGAGACAAAUAUAAUAAACCAUGACAAAGACUUUCUUCUCUUUAAAUGUGACAGUUUCUUCUGUAACAGACACACGCCUCAUGACAUCAUCAUGUCAUCAUAGAUCAGUGACAUCAUCAUGAGCAUAGAUCAGAUACUGAUCCUUUACUCGUCUGUCUGCCACAUCAUCGUCAUCAUCAUUCAAUUGUUUUGUUUUUCAUGCAGAAUAAAAAAGGUUUUACAGUUUUAGUACUGAAAUGUUUGAUGUGAGAUUUUAACAUUAGAAAUGAAUGUAUAUUAAAUGUGAUGAGUGAGUGAGUGAGUGAGUGAGUGAGACCAUUUUCUCUGCAGUGUGUGAUGUUUUCUUUGCACUGAAAGACACAUUUGAAUAUGAUUUGAAUAACGAACACGGGUGUUUUUGUGUGGAUUUAUUGACCUGGUUGUUGAUUGGCUCGUUAAACCUUCAGAUGUUGUUACUUUGAAUAAAGUGGAUUUUCUUUCCUAA